CAAGAGAUCUAAAACAUUUAGACCUGAUUGGGGUAUGUUUUCAGGUUAACGUUGCUUUUAGUUGGGUUCUAGAAUGGCAGAAGAAUCACAGAAUGGCACCCCUACAGUUAAUUCUUGCGUAAUGGAAGUAAAUGGAACAGCAUCUCAUAUUUUAUAUAUUGGCUGCUCUGUAACUUCUGAAGGCUUCAAGACUGUAUCAAGGUCAAGUUGUGGGCUUAUAGACAAAGUUAUUGUGGUCAUUCCUGGAAAUCCUGGAUGCGCUGACUUCUACCGAAGCUUCGUGGAGUCUUUACAUGAAAAGUCUGAUUGCAUUCCAGUGGUUGCAAUUAGUCAUUCCUUUCACCAUUAUCAAACCCUGUCUUCAUCGUGGAAAUCAAAACUAUUCCAAGCCGAUGUGUUCAAUUUGCAGCAACAAGUUCAGCACAAAGUCGACUUCAUUAACCAAUUUUUUACGGAGAAUACUGAAGUUAUCCUAAUCGGACAUUCGAUUGGCGGAUACGUCUGUUUGAAGCUACUUCAACACUAUGGUCGUUGCAGGAGGACGAACAGUGAUAUAGCAGAAAAUAGUGAGACGGAAGCUGAACGGCAAAAUCAACGGUUGGUGUGUUAUGAUAGAAACUUAGUACAUGGUUACUUAAUGAUGCCGACGUUUGAACGAAUGAAAGUGUCCCCCAGGGGUCAACAGAUGCUUCCGGUGAUUCAACAUUUGAGAUACCUGGUGCUAUUUUUGCACUUCCUGUUCACGUCUCUAGUACCGAAAUUUUGGUUCUUGACUUUGAUUGGCUGGUUCAAAACGGCAAGUCAGGUUGAAUUCGUUCGACAAGGCGUGGACACUAUUUACAGGACGAGAUGUCUCUGUAAUUUUCUGUACAUGGCCAGUGAUGAAUUGGAAACAGUGAAGGCAUUAGACAAACAACUCAUUCAAGAUUCCAUCUCGAAGACUACGUUCUACUACACUCCUGGAGACGGGUGGGCUCCCGCUCACUACGGCGAGGAACUGAGAGACAGAAUGGGCAGUGAGGGGGUCAAAGUCAUCAUAGGUCAAGAGGGGUUCGCACACCAGUUCCUGGAUCAGGACUCGGAAAGUGCAGCGGAGAUGAUAUUGAAAUGGUGCAAGGCAGAUGAAGUGCUCUAAUUCUAGAAGUGUCUCUAUUCAUUAAACUUGAGUAAACUUGGAUGCCCGUGGAUUAAAUUAGAGACAUUUAUAAUUUAUUUAAU